AGGCAAGCAGCACGGAGAGGGCUGGGGAGGGCAGACCCGGAGAGACGCUGAGGGUCAGGAGGCUAAGUGUUUCACCGUUUUGCCCAAGGCUGGGCUUUGAUCUCUGGGAGCAGGUAGAACGGAAGUCACCACUGACAGGCUCUUCUCAGUCCCGGGAAGAGCGCGCUCCAGACCACGUGAAGGUAAAUAUGAGAAGAGUCGCCUGAAAGUAAACAGGGUAUUAAAAGGGAUCCGGGAAAGCGAAAGCAGCGUCUGAGAGCAGAAGCACCAAGCCGGGAGCUGGGCGGUGGAGACAGAGGAGAGCUUUGUGCGACGGCCUCCAGUCCUGGCUGCCAUGCGGGGGCCACUCCUCUCCUUGCUUCUCCUGGCUGCUCUGUCGCAGUUCUGCUGCAGGGCCCAGGGCACCGGGCUGUUAGACACGGCACCUGAAGGCAGGCCUGCAGAGGUGGCUGAAGUGCACCGUCGCAAACAGUUUUGUCACUGGCCCUGUCAGUGCCCUCGUCGGAAGCCCAGCUGCCCUCCUGGAGUGAGCCUGGUGAGGGACGGCUGUGGAUGCUGUAAAAUCUGCGCCAAGCAGCCGGGGGACACCUGCAACGAAGCUGACCUCUGUGACCCCCACAAAGGGCUGUACUGUGACUACUCCGCAGACGGGCCCUGGUACGAGACUGGAGUGUGUGCAUACCUUGUAGCUGUGGGAUGUGAGUUCAAUAGGGUACAUUAUCAGAACGGCCAAGUGUUUCAGCCCAAUCCCCUGUUUAGCUGCCUCUGUGUGAGUGGGGCCAUCGGCUGCACACCUCUGUUCAUACCAAAGCGGGCUGACAAUCACUGCUCUGGGGCUAAAGGUGGAAAGAAGACCCAUCAAUCAAAAUGUGGCCGGGGACCGUCACAACAGCAGCUCUCAACAAGCUACAGAACCAUGCCAGCGUAUAGGACCCUCCCCCUUAUUUGGAAAAGAAAGUGUCUUGUGCAAGCAACGAAGUGGACCCCUUGCUCCAGGACAUGUGGGAUGGGAAUAUCUAACAGGAUAACCAAUGAAAAUAGCAACUGUCAAAUGAGAAAUGAGAAGAGACUGUGUUACAUUCAGCCUUGUGACAGUAAUAGUAUCAAAGACAAUAAAGGUAAAAUCCCCAAAGGAAAAACAUGCCAACCUACUUUCCAACUCUUCAAAGCUGAAAAAUUUAUCUUUUCUGGAUGUUCAAGCACUCAGAGUUAUAAACCCACUUUCUGUGGAAUAUGCUUGGAUAAGAGAUGCUGUGUCCCUAAUAAGUCUAAAAUGAUUACCAUUCAGUUUGACUGCCCAAAUGAAGGGUCAUUUAAAUGGAAGAUGCUGUGGAUUACAUCUUGUGUAUGUCAGAGAAACUGCAGAGAUCCAGGAGAUACAUUUUCUGAGCUCAAGAUCCUAUGAAACCAAGCACAUGGGGGAAAAGUUA